AUAUCCAUGUCAGUCGAGGGUGAAUUUUUCUUAUCAGUGACAGGAUCGAUCGAGUACGCAAACUUCUAUGACAUUGAUAACGUGUAUUGCAAAUAUGGAUACCACUUUGGACCGGACUGGAGCAUCGUCAGGGGAAUCGAGGAGGGGCUUACGCAAAUGAGUAAAAAAAGCAUCGACGCUCGCCAGGUUGCUGUUUGGAACUUUCCUCUCGAUAUUGCGUUCAAGAGUAUCAAUCCCCAGGGAUGGCCUCAGUUGAUUCUGUCAGUUUACGGUUUGGACUGUUUUGGCCAUGAUGUGGUUAGAGGCUACGGAGUUUGUCACUUGCCACUCGCGACUGGCACGCACACAAAAAAGGUGGCUGUGUAUGUUCCGCAAUCUUCUUCGAUAUUGCAACAAUUUAUUGCCUGGUUCUCCGGAAGGAGACCGGAACUAAUAGAUCCAACGAUACUCGCAACUGGCGGAGGGCGAGAGCGGAUAUUAUUUUUUCAGUCACGAGGAUGAUUUCCCAAGGAACUAUUACAGUGCGUUUUAACGUAUCGAUGAAGGAUUUUUUUAAACUGGGUUACAGCAACGGCCAGCAGGCGGAUAGGUAACACUAUACGUUAUCGAAACCCUUGAAUAAAUAUUAUGCUUUGUAUGUUUAUUGCCAAAACCCUGUAUGUACACGUAUGCACAUGCGCAUGUAUUGUAUGUUUAUAUUACAAAUAAAUAACCUGUAAUUAGAUGAACCGUAUUUAUGAUGUCUCCAGCACAUCUGUAUACGUCGAGGUAUACGUACAUCAUACGCGGCCUAUUCGCAGGUAAAUUAGGCAUUAUAUUAUGGAAUUUAUACUAAUGGAAUCUGCCGGUAUUCAAACGUAACGUAUUGUCAAUUAUUACAUCCACUUAAGCGUAUUUCUCUGUACCGUGCUUUAUUAUCAUAAAAAUACUGUUACGGCGUUCAUUCAGCAAGUUCCUGAUGGCGAACGCAUUUGACACUCCUCGCAUUACAAUAUUUAUU